UGUGAACACACCCCGCAGGACUCGGUGUAACACUGUUUUAGUCCCCCAACACAGAGAGGAGUCCCACACAGCCUGGAUUAGACAAACCUCCACACUUCUCUCCUCACUCUGACAGACCUGUAUGACUAUUUAUUACCUGUAACAUAGGAAAAAUGCGGUAAUGUCAUUUGUGAUUUAAAAAGUUACCUUCUGAGGCAGCUAAGAAACUACGGACUGACUGUUUUUUCUGUCUUUCUUUAGCUAGCUAAGCUAACCAGCUAGCUAGCUCGUGUAUCAUUCUUAACGUUAAACUGAGUUAGCCGCUACCUCUGAUAUUAACAGCUCGCAGGUUAAAGAAAACGUCUGCCGAAUUGGAAGGAGUUAGCGAUUUGGAAAACAAGUAAAAGAUAUAUGAAUAAAUCGAUUUUAAAUUUAGGAGCGUUAGCUGACUGUCUGCUGCUGUUCAGGCUAAUGCUAUCGAAGGUUUAGCUAAUGAGUGGUCCCACACGCAGGGGGCUCUAACACGGCUGUACCGUUUGGUUUAGAUUUAGCUACUUCUUCACUGUCGCAACAUUUACGUUCAAGAUGUCUGAAAUCAUCCUGACGUUUCAGUCCCAGCUCUCUGGCGUUAUGGAGACCGUUUUUAAGGCGGCUAUAUUUGAGAUCACCAGGCUGGUGGAGGACAGUUUUCUGGAAGAAGUGUCUCGGAGCCGUGAACAGGUUGAAUCUUUGAAAAAGAGGCUUCAGUGGUCUGAAUCGAGGCGCAGAGACCAAGAAGAAGGCAGGAGGCUAAAGUGUGCAGACUGUGGCAAAGCCAGGCUCUCUGAUGGUGAAGGGAAACAGGAGAAAGCCUCACUGACCCAAACAGGUGUGGAAAAUGCACGAAACCUUAAACAGGAGAGAGGUGUGGAGGAGAGUUGGAAGAGCUGUGGAAUUGAGAAGAAGGAUGAACUUUCUGGACUUGUGGAAUCAGAGAAUGUAUCCAGUCCAGUUAAAGCUGCAGAGAAUGCAGCUGAGGAGGGAGGAAAGCUGAACUGCAUGCUUAAAGCAGAGGGCGUUACUGCUGCUGGUUCUGAGCCACAAAACGAGUGGAGGCUAAGCACUGAAGUAGAAGGUUCUGACAAUUCUGCUCAUAGUAAGACCUACAGUGAGCAAGAGUUGCAGCAGAUUCAGGAUGCCUGGAGCUCAGGCUUGAAUCAAGCAACUGACCCUGAACCGGAGGCAGACAACAUCCAGGGUCUGCCAUAUAGAACUCGCUACAACAUGGAGGACUUAGGAUCAGCAAGUUACAGCACCCAGGAGCUGGACAUGGGAGACCUGAAUGGACUAACAGGGUCACCUCAGAGAACUGGAGAGGUAUUGGGAUUUGGUGCACUGUCAGGUUCUUUGCAGACUGACCUGAGUUCAUCUUUGGAAUGUGGGAGACGUAUUAGAAAUAAGAGAGGAAACAAAGGCUCAUCGUCUUUACACAAUACUCCAGAUACAGGUGAUCUGAACUGUUUGCUUAUUAAUGAAGAGGGAUACUUGCAGGACAUUAAUUCUCUUCCUCAGGCUCCAGUUGGACUUGUAGUUGACCCUGGCCAUCGGGGACAUUCCAUGUACAGCAGAGACACAGUUAAUGACAGCAGUAAUUGCUUUUACAGUGGAGAUGCAUUUAGCCACCCAGUGGACCUGAACCACACUGAAAUGGUGGGAGAUGGAGACAAAAGUCUUCACACUUGUUCUCAGUGUAUGAUCAAUUUUCCAGACCAGGUUUCUUUAAAGGCCCACAUGCUUACUCACCGAGCCAGUAUGUCACCUUCUUACGUCUGCAACCAGUGUGGGAAGAAGUUUACCCAAGCUUGCAACCUGAAAGUCCACCAACGCGUCCAUCAGAGGGACGGACUGCACCUGUGCAGUCACUGUGGGAAGGGCUACUCAUCUUUCAGCGACCUGCGGAGGCACCGAUGCAGCCAGGCUGGAGACAAGCCUUACAGCUGCACGCUCUGCGGGAACAAGUUCAGCCGGCUGUGGAACCUCAAGCUGCACCGCCGCAUUCACACACAGGAGAAACCACACCAGUGCAGCAUGUGCGACAAAAGCUUCACCCGGGCCGACAUUUUAAAGGUCCAUCAGCGGACGCACACUGGAGAGAGACCGUACUGCUGUAGGGUGUGUGGGCUGAGCUUUAAACGGCUCGACCAUCUCCGAUCACACCAGCGCAAACACGGAUCUGACCUGAACAAUCGCUAGAUCUGCAGUUCUGUUCAUCUGUACACUAAUUCAAUGCUUAUACACGGAGUGUCCAGUGUAUUAGGUACACCUACCUUGUAUCUACUCAUUGACCAUUUUAUCAGGUUUCACCUUUUAUACCUUGCAGAUAGGUAUACUGUUGUCAUGCACAAUUUAUGUUAUGUACUUAAUUUCCCUUAUAGGAUCAGUAUGCUUUCUAAGUAUGCCUGGUCUGGAAGCAGCACAGCAUUGCCAGCAGACCAGUGCCACUUUUAGUUGGGGAGGCUUAAGCAUGUUGCCCGAGGGCCCCGCCAGUUAUACCCAGUCAGUUCUAGGUAUACCCACAGCAUUCCAUUUGCUGGCUCACCUCUUUUACAACUAAGCUACCAGCAACCAUUAGCCAUUAUUAGCCAUCCUCUGUCCCAUCUACCCCUACCACAGGGUAACUGUUGACCAGAUAUUAUUGUAGUAGAUCUUUCUCAGCACAGCAGUGACACUGACAGAGUAGUGGUAUGCACUGUUGCUGGGGUUCACUGUGUGCACGUACUGGCCCCUUUUAUCAGACACAUAUAAUUGUAGUUUUUGUUGGUAUAGUUAGAGACUAUGACUUCAUGCACAGUUUGAGUAAGCCAUCCUCUGGCUUUUUAUCAGUGGUUAGUUUCUGACCACAGUUGACUGGUUGGGGCGGGGUAACAAAUUGCACAGCAGCUGAUCAGCGACAGUCAGUAACUGUGAACCUACAUCUGAUAAAAUGGCCAGUGAGUGCUUUGUACAAGGUAGGUGUACAUAAUAAACUGACAACUUAGAAUAAGUUUUGUCUUUGUUUUCAAAUAGAUCAUGAAUUGUAAUUGGACUGUAAGGCAUUACAAGUGUGUCCACUGCAUAUCUGUCAAACUGGCAACAGAGGAAGAAGCAUAGUCAAUAAAAUGAGCAGUGUUUGAAAAUAGCCCAAGUUUGAAAACAGCUCAAGUAUUUAACUUUGUUGGCCAAAAAUGGUGGUUGUAUUGAAUAUGUUAAGUUGCAGAAUCAAUGCAUUUACACACCGGUCAGUAAAUCACAAUGCAGCGAUGCAUUUUUACACCCCCUUCAGGAUUUGUUCUCUACUAGUUUACAUUAGUUAAUUUACCCGUGAAAUAUUGUAAUUUAUUAUUUAACAUCCUGUCAAACAUUUGGCAAAUGUCAUUUCAGGUUAGUUCGCAUCAUGGUUAAAGAAACUGUAUGGUAGUCAGAUUUUCUGUUGGUACUUAGUGAUACUGCAGUGCCUUUGUAAUUGGAUUGUUUUACUGACUGGGAUUAUCAUGUCUCUUAUUUAUUAAUGUUUCAAUUAUGUUUUUUCAUUGCAUUUCUUUCAUUUCAUUAUAGUCACUCCUAGCUAAAAUGUGUUUAUAUAAAACGACUUCCAGACUUUUUGUGUUGGUUUAUUUGAGUUGUGGUUGUGGAUGAAAGUUGAUAUUUCUACUGGAUGCUGAUUAAAACAGUUUACCUUUAAGAAAAAAAGGUGUUUCAGUUUCUAUGGAGCAACAGUUUGUUGUUAUAUUAUUUUAUCACAUUAUGAAGAUGGUAAUGUUUAUAAUGAAAAGUGUAAGAUGUGUAUAUCCUAUUAAUAAA